AUGGUUACGUCCAUCCUGAAAAGGUAUAAGCCGAGGCUGUGGACGCGGAAGACACUGUCUAAGGGUCCGUCAGAUUCACAUCCUAUUUUCCGACUACCGCAGGAGCUCUGGGACGAGAUAGUCGGCUACAUUGACCAUGACUGGGCCACGUUCUCUGCGUGCAGUCUUACCUGUCGUGCAUGGGCUACUGCCUUCCGCCCUUACCUCUUCCACCAUCUCCGUAUCACCGCCCGUAGCCUAUCCCACAUUCAACAGAUCUUGCACUCUAAUGCACAUCUCGCGAAGUACACAACACGUGUCACCAUCGACUACGAAGGUGAUCCUUCCGUGCUCUCGCAGCUGCGACAGCACACGGUACUAGCCAAAGUCUUGUCGACCCUGCCUAACGUGAUCAGGCUCAAGCUACUAUCAUUAGCCGUCACACCAUCGCUGAUAUCUGCACUCUCUGGGUUGUCCUCCCGCGUACGGGAGCUCACACUCGGUCACCUAGUAGCGACAUCACUUGAGGCGUAUGCACAGUUCAUCCGCGCCUUUCCUCAUCUCCGUACAUUGUCCCUCGAAGGGGUCUCGUCGGUGUUAUGGGGCUACUGGGACGUGUAUCCAACACUACUCAUCCGGCUUAUGCUUCAGCGGCGCCUCAAAUGCGGCUGGCAGAGAGCGACAGAUCGCCUUCGUGCGCGUGGCGACGGCGAUCAUCCUACGGCGCUGGAUGCCAUAAUACAAAACAUACCUCCAUCCCUAGAAUAUCUAUGCGUGGAAUCGCGGACCUGGUCUAUCUUCCCUCCACCAGUACCUCGCAGGACGGACCACACCAGCGUGCGCUCACUAGAGCUCAAAUUUAUGACUCGCGUGGGCGUGUACUGGUCGUCCGCAUUCUUCUGUUACACCACAAUGACCGGCAUUCGCGAGAUCAGCUUUCACUUCUACAUCCCAGUGGAUGUCAGUUUCGAGGGGAUGGUCCGCAGCCUGUCUCAGAUGCUGUCGCCUUUGAUAUUCCCGCAGCUGCAGACUGUGACAUUCGUGAUCUGGAUUGCGCAGACGGACCGUGUUGAAGACUACACGGCGAAUCUCGAACUCAUCUGCGAAAUCCUGCCUGAUUUACAUGCCGCAGGGUCUUUAGUUUUGCGUAUCCUCCGGAAAAGUCAUGCAGCUGAAGUUAGAAUGUACCGGUGCGUAUUGAACUUGGGGGCACGGCGGUAUCUGGUGCUCUUGCACGCGGUUUCAAAAGAGCUCAAUGACCGGAUAGAGUCUGACAUGGUUGACGUUAUGGUACAGUAG